AUGCAAGAUUUUUCAUGGUUGCGAAAUCUUAGGAAUCUAAAACACCUUGAUCUUUCGCAUUGUGGUCUUGCAUCUUUGAAUACGGCCGAAUUCACCGCUGGAUUCCCAAGCCUUCGGACCGUCGAUCUCAGCUACAACAACCUGGAGGCUUUGUAUCUGCCAUUCUUGGUCGAUGUACCACAACUUCAUUAUCUUAAUAUUUCAUGGAACAGAUUUAGAAACUUUCCUGAUCUCUCGUCAAAUAUUCUUACCGUAAAUAUCUCUAACAAUCCUCUGGAUUGCACCUGUACCAAUGUUUAUUUGAACAGUCAGGGAAACUUCGUGACAUCAGGUCCUACUUGUACUCUUAGUGCUUGCCCAUACUUCUUGAGAUUCAAGAGAACUUUAAAUUUGACACUGUCCCCUCAAGUUGCUGAAAAUUUCCAAUUUUCUUGCAAUGUAGAAGCCUCUAAUUCUGUCGAGUUCGGUGUCUUUUCACCCAUUGGCUUUAUUCGAGUUCCCUCGUGGAGAUCCUCCCAAAAUGUCACGAGAAUCGCACUAUAUGAGUAUGUUGUUCUGCCUGUUCAAAGACCUGUACGCAUCACUGUCGAGAGAACCUCUCAAACCUCCUUUGUAACUGAUGUUGACUAUGCUCGCGGUCACCAUAGUGGAGUGUGGCAGUGUGCAGCCUUCUCAGAUGGCGGUUAUUAUCUCGACAACCACCCCUAUAUUGUCACCAUUGGUACCUGCAUUGACCAGCUUUUCCUCACUACGACGAUCCUAGGUUUCAUCGUCAUGACAAUCACACUGAUUCUGGGUCUCAUCAUCGGGAGUGUUCGGUAUCUGGUGGAGACACGCUGUUUUAGGCAAUCGCAGUCGCAUAAAUUUUUCGUCCGGCCCCUCAUCGGGGUUAUCCCGGUUCCUUCGGUACAGCCUAACAAGGCUCCCUCUAUGAAGGAAAUAUCGCUUGGUCAGCGGAUUUGUCCUGCCUGUUUAAUGAAACCGGCUUUUCUUUGUGGAUAUUGCCUAUCAGUCCAUGCCUUCGCAAAACUCAAUGUGCUAUAUAGUGAGAAGGGCAUUCCUGCACAGUCACCUCCGAAGUGUAGGCACAAAGGCGGACAGUGCAUUGUUGACGCGUCUACUCUGCUCAUCGCAGAGUGCCGUUCUUCGCAGGACCAAAGAGUUAGUGAAGAUGAGGAAAACUGCAUUGAAGCUAUUGGUGACGACGAUGGUGGAAAAUCCCAAAACGAUGUUGGCCGAAUCCCUCAUGAGAACGUACUUAACUACGGUUUUCCCUCAGAGUUUUGUCACUGCUAUCACCUGGACAUGCGUUUCACUGACGAUGGUGAGACGCGCACUUCGGCGGCCCUGCGCGAUGUGAAAUUAAUCUUUCAGGAUGAGCAGUUGGCCCAGGAGUACACUGAAGUACUGGAAGUGCUGCAGGCGGCGGCCAAAUCAAAUGAUGCGGUCACCUUCCGGGAAAGACUGGAGGAAUUUCGAGGCCGCUUGGUCCGCGAUGUAGGUGCGCGGGUGCGAGUCGCUCGAGAAGAGAUUGUCGCUCUAAAGGAACGUUCUGCCAAGUCAGUGGCGCGUCUGAGGGGUCAGAGCGGAGCCGUGGCUCAAUUUAUGAAGGCAGGCUUCUCGCAGGUGCGCGAUGGUAUGCGUACUGUAGCUGAGAUGUGCACUGGUGGUGGUGGUACCUGUGACGAUAGCACCGCUGGUCUUGUUGCCAUUGGACAGUCCAUCUCCGUGGUGAGUAUCUAUAAGGACGAGAUGACCAGGAAGUCCAAAGAACGCUGCGUCUCCAGUUUUACCUUCUAG